AUGAAAUUCCAGGUUGCGCACCCCCCGGGACUGUUUGGUGCGGUGCAAUACUCACGGACCACCGGGAUUCCACCGGGUGCCACGUGCACGGCAAGGAUGGGCGCCACUGCCUCUAGGCCGGUAGACAUCGAGGCUUUCCGGCCGCCGCCGCCGCCGCCUGAAGGACCCACCGCAGCGUUAGCCCGUCCGGCUGCUGCCGCGUCGACGGAACCGGAAGCCACAGCGCCCAGCAGCAGCAGCAGCGGCGGUAACGUCAGCAACGGCCACCACCAGGAGCCUCCCGGACCGGCCACCUCCGGAGGCGUAUUUCCCGUGCCGUUUCUGCGCCACCUUGCGGAAAGACCGGGGACGACCACCGAACACGGCGUCACCACCGGCAAACGAUCGCACCAAACCGCUACUGAGGACGGCUAUGACGACGAGGUAGAACUUCCCCACAGCAAGCGGGCUGCGCGGGAGCUUCGGGCGCACCAUGCCGGGGCCGGAGAAGCUGCUGAGAGCGGGGUUGGGCUCGUCGAUCAGGGGGCCGACGGCUCAGCCCCGCCUGCGGCUGGGGCUCUCGAAGUCGACGGCGCACGCGCCGACGCGUUCAUCGAUCCCGUAACAGCCGUAGCCGAAGUGGCGAGCAGUGCUACUACUGUCGCCCAUUUCCCGGGAGAUCACGGUCCCCGUCCCUUUCACGCAGCGCUGGGGCCGUUUUCGGCGCCAAUGAACCGCACAGGCGUAGGCACGUUUGGCCCCGGCGAUGGUGCGCGGGGUGUGUGUGAGAUUGGCGUAGGAAAUAGUGUUAGGACCAGCGCAGCUUUCCCGCCACCGCUCCCCGACCAGCCAGCGGGCAUGCUUUCUUCGGUCUUCGCUGGCGGUGCAACCGCGCCGCCGCAGCUUGUUAGACCUGACCUUGCCGUCGUCGGGCACGAUGGCAGGGCAUGCGGUCGCGAUGCCUCCCCACCUGCCGGUUUUGCGGAGGUCGCCGUGCCGCUGGCCCCGCUGCCGCCGCCGUCGGUAGGCGAAGGCGUCCCGGUCGGCGGGGCUCCGUUUGGCGGCGGCGUCCACCCUUCCGCGCUACCGCUGCCAGACGAAGCCGGGAUCGACGUGGGGACGGAGGCUGCGCUGCUGUCGAGCCCGCAGCCCCUGCGGCCGGAAGGUCUAUCGGGAGGGGCCCCUACGGCAGCGUUAGUCGGCGGGGCCCCCGCCGACCACGACGAAGAUGGUCUUCGGAUGAUGCCGGUUCCAGGCGACGUCGCGAGCGUUCCGAACUCGCAGCAGCAGACCCGGAGACAAAAGCCGAGACGUACGACAACGACGACGACGUCGACGACAUCGGCGGCGGGCAGCAGCAACAGCCGUGCCAAAAAAAAGCGGCGCACGUGCGGCAUGGAGGGCUGCAAGCGGCGGCCGCUCUUCGGCGCCGAGGGCACCCGCAGACCGCUGUUCUGCUCGGGCCACAAGCCCGCCGGCUUCGUCAACGUGGCCUCCCGGCGGUGCGAGGCCGACGGGUGCGGGCGACAACCGUCGUUUGGCGCGCCGGGGUCCAAGCCGCAGUUCUGCGCGGCCCACCGGUCGGAGGGGAUGCUUAACCUGGCGGCUCCGCGCUGCGUCGCCCCCGGGUGCCUGGUGGUCCCGUCGUUCGCUAGCCAGGGCUCGAGGAGGGCGAGCGCCUGCGCCGCCCACCGCAAGGCCGGGGACGUGGACGUGGUCACUCGCAGGUGUCACCAGGAGGGGUGCGUGCGCCGGCCGGUGUUUGGGUAUGGCCCCGGCGGAGGCGGCGGUGCGGUCGAGCAGAAGAGGGCCCACUACUGCAACGCCCACAAGCUGGAAGGGAAGGGAAAAGGCUUCCCCCCCCGCUGGCCGGGGGGCGGGGGGGAAGAAAAAGCCCCGUUCGGCCCCCCGGGGGGGAAAAAACCGAACCGAAGGGCCAGGGACCGGGGUCCCCAACACCAAAAGAAAAACACCUACCACCCCUGA